CUCGUCAGUUUGUUCCCGAGUGGCGCGACGCGGACGCAGCGUUUGCCGGAUUUGUGAUUUGUGCUUGUUUACGUUCCAAGUGUUCCGCGUGUUUGGUUUUUGCUGCUUCUCGGCGCGGCGCCGCGACUGCCAGUCGAACUUGUUUUAUUUAACAUACCGCCCCAGUUUCAUUCGGAGGUCUCCAUUGUACGCGUCGCAGCAGUGAAGGUUGCAGGCUCGAGCCUCAGUGAUGGAUCCGAAACGCCGCGUCGCAUCCGAAGUGCUUUCCUCGGUACCCAAAUCGUCUGACGAUGCUGUCACUGACCCUAUAAAGUGUGGUACUGCGAAUCCGAAAUUCAGGCAGCAGCCUGCAGAGAUGCUGACUCAUCAAUGUACAGCGUGCCAAAAGAAAUUUAGAUAUGCAAGUCUCCUUAAAGUUCAUUUAAAAAUUCACUCCAAGGAAAAGCCGCACAAGUGCACAAUCUGCGAAAAGAAAUUUAAACUGAAAGUUUAUCUUAAAAAGCAUCUUUCAACCCACGCCGAGGCGAAGCGGCAUGAAUGUACUAUGUGCGAAAAGAAAUUUAGACUGGCAGCUUAUCUCAGAAGGCAUCUUUCAACCCACACCGAGGAGAAGACGUAUGAAUGUACAAUCUGCGAAAAGAAAUUUAGACAGGCAGCUUAUCUCAGAAGCCAUCUUUCAACCCACACUGAGGAAAAGCCGCAUAAGUGCACCAUCUGUGAAAAGAAAUUUAGACAGGCAGCUUAUUUUAAAAGGCAUCUUUUAACCCAUACUAAGGAUAGGCCUUUUAAAUGUGAAGUUUGCUACAGGACGUUUAGUAAUGGAACGGAUCUAAGGAAUCAUUUAAGAAUUCAUAUUAAGGAGAAGAAUUUGAAGUGUGAUGUUUGUUAUAAAAAAUUUUCUUCGAAAUAUGAGCUUACAAUCCAUUGUAGAAUCCAUACAGGCGAGAAACCUUUUGAGUGCGUGGUAUGCAAUAAAAAGUUCAGACAAGGGUCACAUCUCCGGUCUCAUCUUAGGAUCCAUACAGGUCAUAAACCAUUUGAAUGCACGAUGUGCAACAAACAGUUUAAUCAGACUUCCCAUCUUAGAUCUCAUCUAAGGACCCACACCGGGGUAAAGCCAUUUGAAUGCUCUCUUUGCUAUAAAAAAUUUCGUUGCCCAAAUGGUCUUCAGCUUCAUUUAAGAACCCACUCUGGAGGAAAGCUCUUUGAAUGCUCUAUUUGCAAUAGAAGGUUCAACUUUGCCUCAAAUCUCAAAUCUCAUCUAAGAAACCACACUGAAGAUAAGCCCUAUACAUGCACAGUUUGCAAAAAAACAUUUAAGUUUGCAUCCGCUCUCAAAAGUCAUCUGGAAACCCAUCUAGGAAACAAGCUUCAUAAGUGCACAGUUUGUGACAAAAAGUUUACCCAUAGGUCAUCUGUUAAUAGCCAUUUUAAAAUCCAUUCUAAGGACAAACUUUCGAAGACAUCUUUGAAUGCACGAUAAUCACCAAAUGUUUCAGACAGAAAUCAGAUUAAAGGAGUUAUUUUGAACUUCGCACGGAAAAAAUAAAAGUGUAGGCCUGAUUUCUGUUUUAGCUGUAAUUUUGUGACGCCUUCUUUGAGAAGGAAAUUGUAAAUUAAGAAUCCGGGCAGGAGCGAGAAGGUAUUUGGUCUUUCAUUUUGUUGACCGGCAUGCGUGACUUGCAUUGUCUUCUGUUCGUUUUUUGGUAGAGAUUAGAUUGAUAACGUGUCUAAUUUUGUGUAAAAUCAUAGCAAUUGUAAUGCAAGAUUCUAGGGAAAAUGUUCAGUACUACCGUCCUGGAAGUUAAGUUUAUCUUUUACGCAUUGUGGCAAGGAUUUCCAAUAGCAUAUUAACUCAGUUGUAAUGUUUGUAUUUAUUUCUUGUAGAAUUCUAAACUAGCUAAAUGCUAGUGUUGUAUUUCUGUAUUUGUCUCCUGCGCAAUAAACGAUGAUUAACUACAGUAA